GUUCAAGCUUUAUAUUGACUUUGAUCUCGGGAAGCGGGUGUAGAUUUUAGUAAGAAAAGGACGGUCACUAUCAAUAUCAUUAUUGGUAUAGUAGCAGUAAACACUAAUGGGGAGAUAUUCUGACAGUGAUGACGACAAAAAAAAGAGAAGGAAGAAAAAGAAGAAGAGAUCAAGAUCAAGAUCAAUAAGUAGCACAGAGAGUGGCUAUAGGCAUAAGAAGAGUAAAUCAUCUAAAUCAAGAAGAAGAUCGAGAUCUGUUUCAAAAGGGAGAGACAGAAGGUCAAGGUCACGAAGCAGAAAUCGGCGUCGGAAAUCAAGAAGCGUAGACCGUUAUUCGAGGUCAAAAAGUAGAGAGAAAUAUUCUAGCAGGAGAAGAUCCAGAUCCGACAGUAGAAGUCGCAGUUACAGAUCAGGGCGUUCAAGGUCAAGAGAGAGGUAUCAGAGGUCAAGGUCAAGAACUCCUGACAAAUAUAAAUCAAAAUCAAAAAGGAGAUCAAGAUCGCUGGACAGAGUAAAAAGCUCCAGCAGAUACAACUCUGCCAGCCCAUCUUCCUCAUCAAGAGGGAAGGACGGUAAAGAAGAUCCUGCUGAAAUGAUUCCCGGUUUCCAUGAUAUGACACCUGCUGAGAAGAGCAAACUGAGGCUGCAGUUGGCUCUGAAGGCUGCUGCUGCAGCAGACGAGAGGAUCAAGGAUCAGAUUAAGGAGAGUCAGUUUGGCGGAGCGUCCACAGUGGAGGACCAGAUGAAAUUCUCCAGUGCAGUCAAAGACAUUGAGAGCUCCAGUUUUGUGCCAACAAGUUUCAAGUCCAACAGAUCAGAGCGCUCCGCUGCAGAUGACAAGAAGGAUGACUUCCUGUUUGGGACUGCUGGUGAGAUCCGAGCUGACAUGACCCCACGGAAACCUCUCAUCAUACAUGACCUGAACACGCUGUCUCACCCAAAUUUACAUGUUGACCCAGAAGAAAAGAUGAAGCGCUGGAUGGAACGUCUAGCAAUGCUACGGAAGAAGAAACUGGAGGGAGAGGCCAUAGAUUGAAAAUACAAAAUAUUGUGGACAUUAUGAUUUACAAUGAACUAUUGAUAAUAGAGCUGGAAAAUGUGCAGAAGAUUCUUAUUUUAAACACUGGCAUUUGUUGAGAAUGAUGUUUUGGAUUUUAACAUCUUUGUAAAUCAACAGAUGAAUAUGUGCAUAUGUUACUGGCUUAACAGAAAAAAACACAAAUUGUAAUGGGGACAGACUAGGAUUCGAACCCAGGACCUUCAUACUCUAACCGAGCAACUGAGUCACAGGUAGACAUACAAACUAGGAUAUUAUAUCUGCGAGAUAUAAAUUAAAGAUUUCAUUUAGCCAGUAGUUUUUAAAGCAGAUAUAAAUGUAAUAAAAGUAAGAUAUCAGCCAAAUAUAUAAUAGAAUAUUUCACCAGCAAUGUUAUUGAUCGGAGUCAACCAACAUAUGUAGAUAUGGAGAAUAUGUAAAUAAUAAUUCAGGGGUGUAGAUCUAGAAUUACGUAUAUACAAACCAAGGCUCUGGAUGUUGCGAGACUUACUUCAAAUACUAGUAGUGGACAAGAGUGUUUCACGCGUGAUACAUGUGUCUUGUACAUGUUUAUGGUAAAUUGAUUCUCCCACACAGUGCUAUAUGAUGAUUAAAUCUGGAGCCAUUUUUUGGUUGAUAAAUAUAGUAACUUUUCAACUUUUCAUUUGUUGAUCUCAAUGACUUUGAAAAUGGUACUAGUAUUCUGCUAUACCUGGGAUAGAAACUGAUGAAACAACAGAUUCUUUGAAAACUAAAACUGGUCUUCAGAAUCUAUGAAUGUGUCCAGUUAAUUUUUGUAAAUAAAAUGAACUUUGCCCAUC